CCCCGCACCAUCACCGGCAUUGGAUCCAGAUUUUAAGGACUUUACUUUGUUGGGAAUUAGCUGCAACCUUCAACAUGCCGUCCAAGCCAGCCCCGAUCAAGAAGGCGGCUGGUAAAGAACCAGCCAAGAAGGAGGAGAAGGCUCCGGAACCCGCUCCAGAGCCGGCACCCGAGCCCGCCCCCGCCGAGGCCGCCCCCGCUGAGGUAGAGGCUGCACCUGCAGAGGCGGCUCCUGCCGAGGGAGAGGCCGCCGCUGCCCCGCCAGCUGAGGAGCCCAAGCCCCCCACCCCUCCACCCGCAGACGCUGAAGCUGCUGAAGCUGCGCCAGAGGAGCCUAAAGCACCCACACCUCCCCCGCCUCCGCCCAAAGAGCCCACAAGCGCUCCACUGGAUCUGUUUAUCGAGGACAAGAACGACACUUCGGUUUCUAUCAUCUGGAGCCAGCCAGAGGUCGUCGGACACACCGGUCUGGACGGAUACCUCAUUGAAGUCGCAAAGGAAGGAACCGAGGACUGGAAAGCCGUCAACGAGGAGCUGCAGAAGUCUUGCCGCUACGUCAUCAAGAACCAGACCACCGGUGACCGUCUGAAGAUCCGUGUGGUGGCCGUGAACGCCGGAGGCCGCAGCCCCCCGGUCACCCUCCCCGAGGCCGUGCUGGUGAAGGAGGUUGCUGAUCGUCCCAAGGUCCGCCUGCCCCGUUUCCUCAGGCAGAGAUACGUGGCCAACGUCGGAGAUAAGAUCAACCUGACCAUCCCCUUCACAGGCAAACCCAAACCUGUGGUCAGCUGGACAAAGAACGGUCAGCCCCUGGACACGAAGAGGGUGAACAUCCGCAGCACCGAGAGGGACAGUAUCCUGUUCAUCCGUACAUCUGAGAGAGAGGACUCCGGAGUGUAUGAGAUGUGCGUGAAGGUGGAUGACUUCGAGGACAGGGCUUCACUCAUCCUUCAGAUCGUUGAGCUGCCUGGACCUCCUGCCAGCGUCAAGAUUGUGGAUACCUGGGGCUUCAAUGUUGCUCUGGAGUGGACCGCACCCACCGACAACGGUAACACAGAAAUCACCGGAUACACAAUCCAGAAGGCUGACAAAAAAACUGGAGACUGGUUCACUGUGCUGGAGCAUUACCAUAGACUGAAUGCUACCAUCUCUGACCUCAUCAUGGGCAACACCUACAAGUUCAGAGUGUUCUCUGAGAACAAGUGUGGAAUCAGCGAGGACGCUACUGUUGCAAAGGAAGAGGCCAAGAUCCUGAAGACAGGUAUUGAGUACAAGCCUCCUGAGUACAAGGAACACGACUUCACCGAGCCACCCAAGUUCACCACCUCUCUGAACGACAGAGCCACCACCGUCGGCUACAGCACCAAGCUGCUCUGCUCCGUCAGGGGAAGCCCAAAACCCAAGGUUCAGUGGAUGAAGAACCAGAUGAUUAUUGGCGAUGACCCCAAGUACAGGCAGAUCUGCGUUCAGGGUAUCUGCUCCCUGGAGAUCCGUAGGCCUGGUAACUUUGACGGCGGUGUGUACUCCUGCAAAGCCAAGAACGAUCACGGAGAGGCAACUGUCAGCUGCAAGCUGGAGGUCAAACAGCCGGCGGUUGCAGAUGCAGACAAGAAAUAGGUCAACAUUCACAUUCUCACAGGAGCAGAAGGAACGAGACCUUUGCAGCACAAGGAAGGUGCUGGGUUCCUGGAAGAACAUGUAAAUAUGGCUGGUGACUGCACUGCCAAAGGGUUGUUGCCUGUGGCCUCUUGCCGAGUGUUACCCUGUGUUAUGAUGAACUAUUGUUGUCGCUAUAUGCCAUUAUCAUUCACAGCAUUGUAUUAAGUCCAUGAAGUCUGUAUCCAUGUCCACAGUCAGCUUUUUUCCCCAACGACUGUCUGUGGUAACUAAAUUAUCCCACUUUCAAACACUGUUACCCCAAUUUUAUUUAAUCUUGUCAGUCUUAUAUAGGUGCGCACCGAGAGUUUUACAACAUGAAUUCACUGUUCCUCAUAGGACAACUGCAUAGAACAUCUACCUGUUUAUACCAAUAAAUGAUUUAAUUUCUGGUC